AUGAAGCUCCCUAUUGCAAUGCUCGCAUUAGUUUUGAUGUUGACUGCAGCUACAACCCAUGCGACAAUUCUUCGAGGAAAUCUCCUCGAGCAGCAUGAGGAGGAGGAGAAGAUGGUGGAAUCCAGCACCACGAGGACCGCACCCGAUAAUCACCAGGAUGCCAUUGCUCCUCGCAAGUUGGGGUCCUCGAAAAGCAGUUACCGUCAUUACUACCGCAACCAUCACUACUACCACCAUGCACAUUAUGCUUCCUUUAGUGGAUCAUCAGCAUCUUCAAGCCACAGCAGUAGUAGCAGCAGCCAUUCUCGCAAGGUCUGA